UAUCCUAUCCUGUGAUGCUGUUCAUGGGUUAGGGGUUCUCAAUAUGGCUGCCUCCUUUUGAAGCGCAUUUGUCCUUUCUGUCGCGUUUUCUAGGUUUUUAUAAACGAACUUUACUUCGUUAUGUUUUCUGUCGUGGCCCGGACGGCGACCCCGCUGUCAAACCUACUCGCCCCCCGAAUCGGUGUAUUGAUGGUCGCUGUCAGGGGCAGGAAAUCCCGCAUCGAUCCAAAAGCCAAGUCGAAAGCCGGCAGGGUGAAGGUCCCUCCGCCCGUGGACCCCGCCGAGAUGCUGGUGCUCAGGGAGAGAUUCACCCAGUACGACCUCAUCAUGAGGGCACUCCGGGCAGAGUUCAAGGAGGACAUGCUACGCAGGAGGUAUGAGGAGGAGGUGGGAUCCUUAGCUGAGGAAAGGACCAAACAGGAGGCUGAGGAGCAUCAGAAGCUGAUGGCCUGGAACAACGCAGAGAACCAGCGACUGCACCAACUACGUGAGGAGAGGAUCAGGAAGGAGCUGGAGCAGGAGCAGCUGAGGAAAGAGCAGGUGGCUAUCUCAAGAGAGAAGAGAAUGGAGCAGUAUGUGAAAGAGAAGGAGCAGGAGAUCUUGCAGCUACAGGAAGAAGCAAAGAAUUUCAUCACCUUGGAGAAUCUGGACCAGCGAAUUGAGGAAGCGCUGGACAACCCAAAGAGCUACAAUUUCGCUGUUGAUAAAGAGGGGAGGAUUGUGAAGAGGACUGUGCAGGAGUGAGACCUGCCUCACUGAACUGUUGCACUUCAUAACCUGUAUGCACUCACGACGGACACACCUGGAAAUAACACAUGUUUUAAGCAUAACGAAGGGUAUUUAUGUACUGCAAGGCUGCAUAUAAACAUUGAAGCACAUUGCAUGGUCAUACAAAUGAACUUACCUCACCUAAGGAGAAGAUGAUGUUCAGUUUGAUUUUUAGCUUAAUAACAGUGCCGAUUCUAAUCAAUUGAAAUUGUGGACAUAAUUAAAAGUUCCGAAAGCAAAAAUCCAACUACACAUUACUUUGUCUACUUCAUUUGUCUGAAAGGACAGCAUUGUUCAGAUUAUCUAUUUGUGAAUAUAUCUGGCAAGUACUGUAUAAGAACAGGACUGACUAACUUGUAAAUGACUGUCAUUUCCUGUGGUGGGGAAGUUGUGAUUUAACAUUACUGUUACUCACAAUAGUGACGAACAUAUAUCACAAAAUACUGCAAACACAGUUUUACUUUCCUGGUAAUUUCUGACUAUUUGUAAACUAGAUAGAAUAUUUGAGAAACUAGUCUACUAUGUAUAAUACAAUUCAUGGCUAAAUAUGGUAAUGAAAAAUGUUUAAGAGUAAGUAGAUUCGCUGCUUAGUUAAUUUUGCUUUGUAUUUUAUGGUGUUUGUACAUUUUGAGUAGUUAGGGUUAUGUGUCAGAGAGUAGGUGGGCCUGGUAUAGUUGAAAGGUCAAACUGUUACAGUAUGAAUGGAGUGAGAAAGUUCUGUGACUGAACAGCCUUUCUCAGAACAAGCUCAAGGCCCAGUAAAGAUAGAUAAAGAGAAGAAAUGGUAAUAACUUAACAGUGGAGCAGAAUCACUCAGAAUUCUUGUAAAUACCAUAAAGAAUCCUCUUAACUUGAUUAUAUAGAAAGCUUGUUUUGAAGUACAUUGUUUUGAGAAAGCACAAAUAUUAUAAAAUGGUACAAUUUAUUUUAUUACUGCAAACCAAAAAAAAACAAAAACAAAAAAACAGUGUCAUACGGAGGGCAGCAAAGUCCGCUGGGCGCAUGGAAAAGAAAAAAACUUUUCUGAGAAGCUGAGGUCACUCGGCAUGAAACAGAGUUUUUUGGAAAAGCCUCAGCUAACGUCAGGUAUGCCACUAUCCUUAGGAAAUGAUAUGUAUUGGCCUACUCUUUUCAGCAUGACAUGCAGAAAUUCGCCUAGAACAUUAGAAAAGGUGGAUUGGGCUAACCUUCCAGACAUCCCAACUGGUCUGAAAGGAACCAGAGGCAAAGUAGUGCAGAGAACACAUGUGCAGGGAUAGCGGUCCCUAGAUUGACGCUGGG